AUGAACACCAACUUCACUGGAUCGACCAGAAAGCGCCAGGUCAACCUCGGCAACAGGAGCCUGUUUGCAAAGAACAAACAGUCUUUUUUGCAGACCACCCAGCUCGAGCGCCAGCGCCGCGAGAGGGCUCGCACAGAGGCACAGGCCGCAACCACGAUCCAGUCGUUUGCACGCACGUAUCUCGACCUCCAGCGGGCGCGACGCGAGCUGGGCGCCCAUUGGGACGGCACCAGGGUGGCAGAGUUCUGUUUCUUUUGGCCUGAGCUCGCCGGAACCCACGAUCACAGCUAUCUCGACAGGCUCGAGCACAUUGUCCAGACCCAACAGCUGUCUGCCUCCACGGCCUCGAAAACCGUUCGGACGCUGAUCGAGACAAUUCCGCGGUCGGCAAACACUGAAAUUGCUAAAAAGUCCCUGCAAUUGGUUCGGAUGCUCGCCCAGAAGUACCCUGUGUCCGCCGACUGGAACCCGCUGGUGAAAUAUUUGCUUACCGUCUACACCAGGGACCCGCUGUUUCUGGCGACCGUCUUUGAGCUCUCGAGGUAUGCCAGCGAGGGCAUUCUGCGGUUUCUCACCGCUCCACAGCCGGAAUUUGUGGGCUUCGCCUUGUCGCACAACUACGCUCUUUUGCGACAAUCGAUCGAGCUGCAAUUUGAGUGGAUAUGCGCCCACAGACCGCUGUUUGAAAACCUCACAGAUACAGAGAAAUUCGACUACCUGGUGAACGUGGUCACCAUUUUAUCGCAUAGCUCCAUCGCCAUUACCAAGCCGUCACUCGAAGCGUUCUCCAUCAUCAUAGGCGGAAUCUCGGCCAAACUGCAGUUCGAGGACGAACCAAGCGGCCAAGCGAUAUCUGUUUCGCCCGAGGCACGCAAACAGAUCGAAAAACUCUACGCCUCAGACUUCACCAGGUCGGUGAUCAGACAGUGCGAGAUACUGCAUGUCGAAACAGACCUGUUUGUCUCCUUCUUCUUCGCAUUGCUCCAUCUGGUGUCCUCCAAAGGCAGCGUAAACCAGCUGCUGAAAAACGACCUGCUGGUGAACCUUAUAGUGGCAUCGUCCUCCAUGGACUUUAUGAACCAGUUUUUCCUAAACCUCAGCAAUGAACACUUAUUCGCUCAGGUUUUCGUUUUGGCCGAGGAGAGAACACAUCUGUCCAACGAUAGCGAAUUUAGACAAACCUUGUUGGACCCGCAGAAAGAGUUGUGGUGGAAAACACUAUUUCUUUUGGAGGAACUCUACGGCUACUUGCUCUGCGUGUCCAACGAUGCCGAUUUAUUCAACCAGGGAAGACUCGACAAGAACAACUAUCUCUACUUUGUGAAGUUCCUUCGCUCAUUUUCUCUUUUCUAUGUGCUGGGACGACGCAUUGUGCAAUAUGCGGAUCUUUCAGUGUCGGAGGCCAAAAUACUUGCAUUCUACAAAAACAUCGGCCUCACAACCCUGAAACUCCUGAAGCAGAUUUACCUCCGCGACCUUCGAAUGAACCUCACAGACGAAAAUUUCUGGUUGCUCAAAGACCCUGUGUUUUCGAUGCGCAACGUUUCCAAGCUGGUUCCAUUGCUCGAGAUGGAAGAUGACGAAGAUGAGGCUGGAGACGAAGACGGGGAGCUGUCGCUUCCGGCAGGAGUUUUGCAGGCCUCCAAUACGCAGUUGCAGGACAAUCUGCUGAUCCUCAUGUACCUCCCGUUCAUGAUUCCUUUCGACACUCGAGCGGAGCUGUUCCGACAGCUGAUUGAAAAAGAUAAGUCUCAGAUCACAGGAAUAUUCAGCCCAAAGAUACAAGGUGUUGUUUCGCGAGAAAACGUUCUUUUUGAUGCGUUUGAGCAGUUUGGAGAGUUGCGUGGCCAACAGUUCAAGCUGCCUUUAUCGGUUGAGUUUAUCAACCAGUUUGGAGAAAAAGAGGCAGGCAUUGAUGGAGGCGGACUCACAAAAGAGUUGCUCACCAGCAUUGUGGAUAGCGCAUUUUACGUUUCAAGCUCUAAUGCGGACAAGAACGGAGGGAUGAGGUUUUUCAAUGCAACGUCCAACUUCCAGCUUUACCCCAACCCUGACUAUUUUUUAAAGUUGAAGCUACAGCAGCAAAAUCCUUCCUAUGACUUCAGCUCCGAAGAGAAAGCGUUCCAUCUACAGAUGCUCAGGUUUCUCGGAAUGGUGAUUGGCAAGUGCCUCUACGAGAAUGUGCUGACAGAUAUUCAGUUUGCACCGUUUUUCCUCAGUCGAUGGACUAACACACCCUCGUUCCAACAGAAAGUUUCGUUUGACGAUCUCAAGAUUUAUGACAGCGAGCUGCAUGGAAAUCUCUCCAAACUGCUAAAAUUAUCCGAGCAUGAAAUUGACGAGCUGGACUUGAACUUCACUAUCAGUGAAAAGUUGCAAGAUUCCUCAGAGGUGGUCACCAUUGACUUGCUUCCUGGCGGACGAAAAAUGAAGGUGAGCCAGCAAAACAAGCUCCAGUACGUUUACUGCGUGGCCAAGUUUAAGAUGGACCAGUCGAUCGCAAUCCAGUCGAAAUACUUUAUAGAAGGACUGUCCCAGAUCAUCAAGCCCAAGUGGCUCUUGUUCUUCAAUGCUUACGAGCUGGCCAAACUUAUUUCUGGCGGAGAGAAAGAGAUCGAUAUCGACGAUUUGCGGCGCAACACCGCUCUGGGUGGCUACUCAAUGCGGGACCAGACCAUUGUGGACCUCUUUGAGCUCCUUGAAGAAUUUGACAACAACAUGCGGUCCAAAUUCCUCAAGUUUGUCACCUCCAGCUCGCGCGAACCACUGCUGGGCUUCAAAGAGCUCAAUCCGAAAUUCGGAAUCCGCAACUCGGGAACAGACAUUUCAAGACUGCCUACGGCGUCCACGUGCGUGAAUCUGCUCAAGCUGCCCGACUACAGAAACAAACGACUACUGAAGGAAAAACUACUCUAUUCCAUCAACUCGCACGCAGGUUUUGAUCUUUCCUAA